AUGCCGAAGUUCGUGCCGCGCCAGCGAAAACAGAAACACCGGCACCAGGAGCCAACUGCGCCAGUCGACACCAACAUUGCGGAGCUAGCGCCCGUCUCCAAAGAUGAAAAAGAAGCUCGGAGGCAGAAGCUGCGAGAAGAGCUACGAGAUCAGCAUGUCACUGUCUCCUCCAAGAAGCAGAAGCGUUUGGACAAGUAUAUUGAAACCAAACUCAAGAAAGAAGAGAAUCUCGAGCUCCUGAAAAAGCUGGCCCAAGCGAAUGUCGACACCUCAGCACUCCAGACAUCGAGGGAUUUAGGGAAGCGCAAGAGAGCGGCGGAUGGCAACACUGCCGUUGCGUUUCAAGCGCAAACUGCUUCCGCUCGAGAUGCAGCUGGAGACGACGCUGACGACUCCGACCUCGAUCCUAUGGCAGCAUUUCCUGCACCAACCUCAAAGUCUCCAUUAUCCCAAGCACCUACUGGAAGUGGAUUGAAGCGCCCUCUCGAACUUGGACCGGACGGGCUCCCGGUUAUUAAGAAGCGGAAGCGCACAGCCAAGACGAAAUCUGCGCCUACACCUGCAUCUGAGCCCUCGUGGGAAGGAUUCGGAUCCGAUGGCGAGGAGUCUGGUGAUGAUAAAGAGGAUUUGGAUGCCAAUAACUCAGACGUCGAGGCUAAGGGUGGCUCUGAAGAUGAGGGCUCUGAGGAUUCCUCUGAGCAGUCAUCCGAAGAUACUUCUGAUGAUGAGGAAGACGAGGAGAGUGAGGGACACGAACGUCGCAUCAAACCGCGAGAGUCAGCCUUCAAGUCUUGGGCUGUGCAGCAGAUCAAUGAGGUCAUAGGCUUCAAACCAGCUGAAGGACCGGUGAUCCAUGACCAAGUACAGCAGGCAUUUGCGCCACCCAGAAAGGAACCCAAGAACACCGUUGAAAUUGAAGAGCCUCUUCCCCGAGAACUCGAAGUGACUACCGGAAACCCCUUCCGCAAGGCGUUUAGCAUUCCUGUCGAUCGAUCAGAGGAGAUCCAGACAGCUCGUCUCGGACUCCCGGUUGUUGGCGAGGAACAGAAAAUCAUGGAAGCAAUCUACAACAACUCGGUCAUUGUCAUCUGGGGCGCCACUGGUAGCGGAAAGACGACUCAGCUUCCCCAGUUCCUAUUCGAGGCAGGCUUUGGCAAUCCCGACAGUCCGAACCCUGGCCUGAUUGGUGUCACUCAGCCUCGUCGAGUGGCCGCCGUGAGUAUGGCAAACCGUGUCUCCCAGGAAUUGGGUCAGUAUUCGGACAAAGUUUCAUACCAGAUUCGAUUCGAGACCACAGUCUCUAAGAAGACUGCUAUCAAGUUCAUGACGGAUGGUAUCCUGCUACGGGAGAUCGCGGAUGACUUUGCUCUCCGCAAGUACUCCGUUCUCAUCAUUGAUGAAGCACACGAACGGAGUGUUAACACUGAUAUUCUGAUUGGAAUGGUCAGCCGUAUUGUGGACUUGCGCAAGUCGAUGAGCGAGGAGGAUCCGUCCGUCAAGCCGUUGAAGGUGGUCAUCAUGUCUGCUACGCUUCGUAUUUCGGAUUUCACGGACAACGCAAGUCUCUUCCGCGAAGGACCACCUCCAUUGGUGCAAGCUGAAGGUCGGCAGUAUCCUGUAACUGUUCAUUUCUCUCGCCGUACCCAGCGGGAUUAUGUUGAGGAAGCCUUCCGCAAGGUCUCCCGGGGACAUCGCAAACUCCCGGCAGGUGGAAUGCUUGUGUUUCUGACUGGACAGAACGAGAUUCGGCUCUUGUCAAAGAAGCUGAAGCAGGCAUUCAAGCCAACACAGCGUGCGGAUACGACGCAAGCCAAAGUAGAGAUUUCUGCCAAUGAUGCUCCUCUAGAGGCAGAAGACUUGGAGCUGGGUGGUAUGGAGAUGGACAACGCUGGAGACGAGGACGAUGACCUGGAAAUCACUGGGUUGGAUGAGCCAGAGGAUGAUGACGGUUUCGAUCUCGGCGAGGACGCUAUGGACUCUUCAACUCGGGUACACGUCCUGCCUCUGUACUCGCAACUCCCAACAAAAGAACAGAUGAAGGUCUUCGAGCCUGCACCAGAGAACUCGCGCCUCAUCAUCCUUGCCACCAACGUCGCGGAAACAUCACUCACCAUUCCUGGUAUCAAGUAUGUCUUCGACUGCGGUCGGUCCAAAGAAAAGCAAUAUGACCUCUCCACGGGUGUCCAAAACUUCCAGAUCGGCUGGAUUAGCAAGGCCAGCGCAAGCCAGCGAGCCGGUCGAGCCGGUCGAACAGGGCCUGGACACUGCUAUCGACUGUAUUCCUCGGCAGUCUACGAGGCUGACUUCGCCGACUACACCGACCCGGAGAUCCUCCGCACGCCCAUCGAAGGAGUGGUUCUCCAGAUGAAGAGCAUGGGUCUGCACAAUGUAAUCAACUUCCCCUUCCCAACACCUCCAAGCCGACAAGGUCUUGCCAAAGCGGAGAAGCUGUUGAAGUACCUCGGCGCUCUCACUGGCAGCGGGCAAGUCACUCAGAUUGGCCGUCGUCUCUCGACAUACCCCCUCUCCCCCCGCUUCGGCAAGAUGCUCUACAUUGGUCAUCAGCACGGUUGCAUGCCCUAUGUCAUCGCCCUAGUCGCCGCCCUAGCAGUCGGCGAUCUCUUCGUUGCCGAGAAUCAACUACCUGGCAACGAGGCCCCAGCCCCCCAGAGCAGAAAGCCCGAUUCCGACUCCGACUCGAGUGACUGCGAGGACCGGAAAGUCUAUACAAACGCAGACCGCCUCGAAGACACCCAGCGCGAGCAGCGCGCAAAGGACUACGCCCGCGUCCACCGCCUCCUCAGCAAGCACGAUGACACCAGCGACGCUCUAAAAUACCUCUCCGCAAUCUGCGCCUACGCCUACGCUGCCGACGGCGAUGCCUUCAGCGAACAGAUGUUCCUGCGCGCAAAGGCCUUCAAGGAAGCAUCUCAACUGCGGCACCAGCUUUCCGACAUCGUGCGCUCCAAUAACCCUGGUCUUCUAGGCGCGUACUCUGCCAAACUGCCAGAGCCUUCGCCCAAGCAACUCAAAGCGCUUAAGCAAAUCGUCACAGCCGGCUUCAUCGACAACGUCGCCAUCCGCGCGGACCUCGCGCCCGUGCCGCCAGAAAUACCUCGCGCGCCCCGCCGCGCCAUCGAUGUACCGUACCUCACACUGUUCCGCUCGCGCGAGCGCCACGCCGAGGACAUCGCUGAGCGCGCAGUCUUCGUGCACCCCACAUCCGUACUGGCCAAGCUCACCCCCAAGGAAAUGCCGCCGUACAUCGUAUACUCGCAUCUGCAGCAGUCGGCGGCGGCACCGGUGGCCGGCUACACGCCCAAGAUCCGCAUGUUCCCGCUUGUGGCGCCGAGCGGGCUCCAAUUGGCGGCUAUUGCGCACGAUACCCCGCUGAUUGAGUAUGGUAAGCCUGUGGGCAAGACGGAGCUGCUGGAGGGGAUUCCACAGCGCAGGUCCUGCUGGGUUGUGCCGGCGCUCGUGGGGGAUUCUGGGGGUACUGGGUGGCCGCUGCCGGCGAAAAAGGCUGUGCAGAGGAAGGAUCCGAGGGAGGGCUGGGUGAUUGAGAAGUUUGUGGCGUGA